UUGCAGGAAGUUGGCAGCAUUAUUGGCAAAAAAGGAGAGAUUGUGAACAGAUUUCGUGAGGAGUCUGGCGCAAAAAUCAACAUCUCGGACGGUUCAUGCCCGGAGCGCAUUGUCACUGUAUCUGGUACGACCAGCGCGAUCUUCUCGGCUUUCACGCUCAUCACAAAGAAGUUUGAAGAGUGGUGCUCACAGUUCAGUGAUGUUGGCAAGGUUGGCAAAACUCAAAUACCGAUACGUUUAAUUGUGCCCGCCAGUCAAUGUGGAUCGUUAAUUGGCAAAAGUGGCUCAAAAAUCAAGGAAAUACGUCAAUCCACUGGCUGUUCGAUUCAGGUUGCCAGUGAAAUGUUGCCAAAUUCAACAGAACGAGCCGUUACUUUGAGCGGCACUGCCGAGCAAAUAACCCAAUGUAUCUAUCAGAUUUGUCUCGUUAUGCUGGAGUCACCACCAAGGGGAGCCACCAUACCGUAUCGGCCAAAACCGCAAGUAUCUGGACCAGUCAUUUUGGCAAACGGACAAGCCUAUACCAUACAAGGCAACUAUGCUGUACCCGCACAAGAGGUAAACUGACCGCACAAAACACCCAUUUGUUCAUACAAACAUGCCUAUGUAAGAUAUCUUAUGAAAUAAUACACAUACAUGCAUAACUAAACACCUGUGCGCAUACAUAGACAAACACACACACACAGACGGUCAGAGUCACAGAAUCGCCAUACACACAGUGCACUGCAUUGGCACGCCAAGCUCAUUUUACGUAUUAUCAAUUAAUGGGCGGGUGAAUUUGGUGAAGCGUGUGGGUGUGGGGCGUGCAUGUGUGUGGAUGAGACUGCCUCUGUGUGUAUAAGUGUGUGUGCGUUUGGCAUUGGCAUAAAGGAGCUGUACUACGUGCAUACCACACAUAUGUAGGCGCAUACUACAUAUAUACAUUUAUAUAAUUAUGCUUUCUACUUAUACUAGCUGCAUAAAUAUGUAUUUGUUUAUGCCAC